GGCAGCAGUGGACUGCCUCGCACGCUCGUCGGUUCUCCGCAACGUCGUCGAAGUUCAGUAGCGCAUCAUGAAGACGACGCUAACAGUGUUGACUUUGCUUUCAGUCGCGUUGGCGAUCGCGCAGAUUGCCGCGGCGGAUGAUUGCCCAGCUAAAUGUACGUGCACCACGCCGAAAACUAUCAGAUGUGUGUUCCAGAGAAUGACUCGGGUACCGAAAGUUCCGGUCGAUACCAAUGUGCUUGAUUUACGCUACAACAACAUCGUGGAGCUGCAUCCGAGCGAUUUUCACAAUUUACGCGAGCUGCACACCCUCCUGCUCAACGACAAUCACUUGCGUCAUCUGCCGUCCCAUGUUUUCGAAGGAACGCCGAAUCUGCGCUUCCUUUAUCUCUUCAAAAACAGCCUGGAGACAAUCGAGCCCGGGGCGUUCGCGAACUUGCCCCGACUCGAGCAACUCUAUCUGCACGUCAAUCGUUUGCGCAAAAUUCUGCCCGAUACCUUCAGUAAUUUACCCAACUUGGAGAGACUGUACAUGCAGAAUAACAGACUGGAGAGGCUGCCUGCUGACGCCUUCAGAAAUAUCGGUCGCAUGACGAGACUCAGAUUGGAUAGCAACGCGUUGAUUUGCGAUUGCGAGCUGCUCUGGCUGGUUAAGGACAUGAAGGAGAGGAUGGAGAUGGCUGCCGUUUGUCAAGGGCCCAGCGAAAUGAAGGGCAAGAGGUUGGACAACAUGUCGCUCGAUGAUUUUCAUUGCAGCCAACCGAUCAUCAUGGAGGGCCCCGAGGAUGUGGAAGUGAAACUCGGCCAGACGGCCGUAUUUCGCUGUCGUGUGACCGGCGAACCACAGCCAAUUGUCAAAUGGAUGCGAGACUCUAACGAAGUGUCGACUGACGGCGAACGUUAUUUCGUCAAAGAGGACGGUAGUCUUGUCAUCAAUGACGUUAGCGAAGACGAUGCUGGCGAGUACGAGUGUGUCGCCCACAACAACAUGGGUGAGACGAAAUCAAGAGGCGCAAGGACACUCGUGGUUACUUCCGCGCCGACUUUCCUGGAGAUUCCAGCUUCACAAACGGUUCGCGCCGGCACCGACGUAGUCUUGGUCUGCCGAGCAGAGGGUCAGCCAACAACGCGAAUCGAAUGGUGGCGCGACGGUUCGCAAAUCCAUCCUCAGCAGCGCACCUAUAUCGAAGACAAUGGCAGCAGCUUGAAAAUCAUCGCUGCCAAAGAAUCCGAUUCAGCGCGCUAUAUCUGUCAAGCGCAUAACAAUCAGGGCUUCGCCGAGACCAGUGCGGAUUUGAACGUCGUCGGCGAGGAAUACAAACCGCCGAGAUUGGUGUACGAGCCUCAGAAUAUGGAAGUGGAGCUGAACGCGAUCGUCGAACUGCCGUGCAGAGCCGAGGGAGAUCCGACCCCUCGUAUGAGCUGGAAGAAGGACGGCACCGCCGUGGCGGGAAAUAGAACGAGGCUGUCGAAGUGGGGCAGCUUGUACCUGUACAACGUCACUACGCAAGACACGGGCAGAUACGAAUGCUCAGCGGUGAACGAGCACGGCCGAGCGACAGCCUCGGCACUCGUCCGCGUGCGCACGAGGUCGACGGCGAGCAACGGCAUCGUGUUACGCGCAUUCAACGAAGCGACUCGCGACAUCGAUCGCGCCAUCAACAACACUCUUCGGCAACUGUUCAAUCCUCGAGCGCGCGUCAAUCCGUUCCAAUUGGCUCGCUUUCCCGACGCCAUCGGCCGACAGAACGCUCGUCCAGCCGAAUUGUUCGAGAGAACGUUGAUACACGUAAGACGGAUGAUCGAUGACGGGAUGGUCGCCAAUGCCACGGAUGAUUAUCAUUACGAGGAGAUUCUGACUGCCGAGCAGGUAGCCGAACUGGAACGUUUGUCCGGCUGUACGUUUCAUCGGCGUAACGACGAGUGUCUAAACCUGUGUUAUCACAAUCGUUAUCGCACGAUGGACGGCAAAUGUAACAAUCUGGACAAUCCAACUUGGGGCUCGUCGUAUACCGGUUUCCGACGGAUCUUACAUCCCAUGUACGAGAACGGCUUUUCGCAACCAAUCGGUUGGGACAAAUCGAAAUUGUACUAUGGCCAUCCCAAGCCAGCUGCGCGACUCGUCUCGCGGACUAUGAUUGCAACGGAAGAUAUCACGAUGGAUGAGACGAUCACGCACAUGGUGAUGCAAUGGGGACAAUGGAUCGAUCACGAUUUCGAUCAUGCUUUGCCUGCAGUUUCUAGUGAGUCUUGGGGUGGAAUUGAUUGUAAAAAGACUUGCGACAAUGCUGCGCCUUGUUUCCCCAUGGAUGUACCGCCUGGUGAUCACAGGAUUACAAAUAGGAGGUGCAUGGAUUUCUUUAGGACUAGUGCGGUUUGCGGCUCCGGCAUGACAAGUGUAUUCGUCGGAAAACUAAUGCCUCGCGAGCAACUCAACCAGCUGACAUCUUAUCUCGACGCUUCUCAAGUUUACGGCUACGAUGACAAAACAGCAAGAGAGCUUCGCGACCUGACGAACGAUCGUGGCUUGCUACGCGAAGGGCCAACAUUUCCAGGACACAAAGCUCUAUUGCCAUACGUCAAUGGUCAAUUUAUAGACUGUCGACGAAAUUUGACUGAAAGCACGAUCAAUUGUUUUCUCGCCGGUGAUUUCCGAGUCAACGAGCAGAUUGGGUUGACUGUUAUGCACACGAUUUGGAUGAGGGAACACAAUAGGAUCGCGAGAAGAUUACGAUUGAUUAAUCCGCACUGGAGUGGCGAGAAGUUGUAUCAAGAGACGAGAAAGAUUGUCGGUGCUAUGAUGCAAAUAAUAACAUACAGAGAUUGGAUUCCUCGUAUAUUCGGAGUUUCUUCGGAUGAACUUUUGGGCCCGUAUCGUGGCUACGAUAAAAAUUUAGACGCAAGCAUCGCAAAUGUUUUCGCUACUGCAGCGUUACGCUUUGGUCACUCGCUUAUUCAACCAAAACUCGAGCGUCUUGACGAAGACUUACAAUCUAUACCUCAAGGACCUUUGCAUUUAAGAGAUGCAUUUUUCGCACCGUGGAGGCUUGUAGAAGAAGGUGGUACAGAUCCACUGUUGAGAGGAAUGUUCGUUACUCCAGCAAAACUCAAGAGGCCAGAUCAGAACGUCAACAACGAAUUGACGGAGCAAUUGUUCCGAACAGCUCACGCUGUGGCGUUGGAUUUGGCAGCAAUGAAUAUUCAAAGAGGAAGAGAUCACGCGAUACCACCUUACGUAGAUUUUCGCAGAUGGUGUAACAUGUCGCACGUGGAGACUUUCGACGACCUUGCCGACGAAAUCAAUAGCUUUAAAGUAAGAGAAAAAUUGAAAGAAUUGUACGGACAUCCUGGUAAUAUUGACGUAUGGGUUGGAGGUAUUCUGGAAGAUCAAUUACCAGAUGCCAAAGUUGGUCCAUUGUUUAAGUGUCUGUUAUCGGAGCAAUUCCAGCGAAUGCGCGAUGGUGAUAGGUUCUGGUACGACAAGCCUGGUAUUUUCCGCGAAGAACAGCUCGAAGAACUCAAGAAAGUCAGUCUUGCAAGAGUACUUUGUGAUAACAGUGAUAAUAUCACGAGAAUCCAACCUAAUGUGUUUAUUCUACCUGAUGAAAAUAAUAACUUUAUCUCGUGCGACGAGCUUCCCUCAUUGGAUUUGAAAUUAUGGUCCGAAUGCUGCGAGGAAUGUUUAGUGAUACAAGACGAAGAAAGCAAUACUGUUACGAGAACAAGAAGAAGUACAAUGAAAUAUUCUGCUGAAGCUAAUCGACCUGGUUUACAACACGAUAAAGUGAAAUAUCUUGAAGAUAUGCUUCAAGAUACUUAUGAUGAGUAUACGAAAGUCCACAGAGUGAUAAGGAACCUUAAUAAGAGAAUAAAGGAGAUGAAGCAUUUGCUUGAAGAGGUGAAAAGUGGGACCUAA